AUGGAUGUGAGUAUGUCAUUGCUGUCAUCGAAUACAACAAUUCGCCAUAGACGUCCAACGGUUCAGGAAGUUGUCCGAGAUUUCGAUGCUUUUAACAAGACAGUGGAUGAAGUUAGUGAGGAGAAGCGAGCUGCUGGUGGAUUCCUUGCAAGUUUAUCAUUCCUCAUCAUCGCAGCAUUAGUCUUUGGCGAGUUACGAAAUUAUUUUUACGGUGACGAAGGACAUUAUUAUAGAUUCUCAGUGGACACAGCUUUCAGUGAGCAUCCUGAAUUGGAAUUGGAUAUGAUAGUUGCAACUCCUUGCACGAAUUUGAUGGCACAUCUCACGGGUACUACGUCACACGAAUUCAGUUCUAUGAAUGAAUUCAAACAUGAUCCAACCCGCUUCGAAUUUACGGAGAAAGAAGCAAUGUAUUGGAAUGAACUGAAGAAAGUGCAGCAUCGUACCAAAGAAGGAACCACUUUGUUUAAGAGUCUUGAUGAAAUGACUUUUAUCAGCGGACAAGUGGAGGAGGGUUUGAAAAAUGAAGCAGAAACAAAGCAACGAGAAGAAGCGCAUGCGAUACAGUUGGAGAAGAAGAAAAACCCAAAGGAGUCCAUGGACGGUGGGAUGUUGAUAUUAAUUGGAAACGGAUUUAACGUAUUUCAUGUUGUUGCAAGUAACUCAGAAAAGAAUGAAGGCACUGCUUGCCGGAUACAUGGUCGUAUGCGUGUCAACAAAGUCAAAGGUGAUAGUUUUGUUGUUAGCACUGGUAAAGGACUAGGCGUCGAUGGCAUUUUUGCUCAUUUUGGUGGAGUUUCCAACCCUGGUAAUCUUUCUCAUCGAAUUGAGCGCUUCAAUUUUGGUCCCACCAUAUAUGGUCUUGUGACUCCUCUAGCAGGAAUAGAGCAGAUUUCUGAAACAGGUAUAGACGAAUUUCGUUAUUUUUUGAAGGUUGUGCCUACAAGAAUAUAUCAUAGUGGUCUUUUUGGUGGCUCUACACUUACAUAUCAAUAUUCCGUGACAUUCAUGAAAAAAACACCAAAAAAAGACGUGCAUAAGCAUGCAGCUAUCGUUAUUCAUUAUGAAUUUGCGGCAACAGUUAUUGAAGUUAGGCGUAUUCAAUCCUCACUGCUGCAAAUGCUUAUACGUUUGUGUUCUGCAGUUGGCGGAGUUUUUGCGACAAGCGUUCUGUUGAAUAGCAUAUGUGUGCGUGUAUUAACUGUUUUGGCAGGUGUGUCGGAAAGAGCGAAAAUUCGGUUGAUCGAUUCACAGCUAGGAAUUGAACAACCUGGUGUUGUUGUUGAUACUUAA